AUGUCCAUGAUGGACAAUGGUGAUAAGCAGCCUAGUGUCAUGCAUUACUGUAAAAUAUGUAACAGAGGAUUCGGAUGUGGUGGAGCUCUUGGUGGACACAUGAGAGCCCAUGCUAUGGGAGAUGUAAACACUCGAAUGUACGAACAUCCGAUCUCCAGCUUCCGAGACAAGCCCGACGGCAACCACCGGCAUUCUUACUUCUUACGAGCACGCGAAGAUUCCGGCAAAAAAUCCUCCACAUGGCCUCUCACUGAACAUGGGAAAUGUACCCUCCUAGUUGACAGAGCAUCACCCAUUUCUUCGCCGGCCGGUUCAGAAGAUCAUCUUCUUCGCUUGAAUCACAGGUCUGGGAAGGAGUACAUUUGGAUUGAAGAAAGAAAGUUGAAACAAGCCAAAUUACCAGAGAACUCCGAGACCUGUGAUUCAAGCGAAGAGGAAGAUCUUGCCAACUGUUUGGUAAUGUUAUCAAACAAAACUUUCGAUUCGUCUAUUAAGGAGGAAACCAAGGCUAAUGAAACGGCUAAAGGGACGUUCCAGUGCAAAGCUUGUAAGAAAGUUUUCAAUUCCCACCAAGCAUUGGGAGGACACAGAGCGAGUCACAAGACAGUUAAAGGGUGUUUCGCUUCAAGGUUCGAUAAUCUCAACGAUGAACAAGGUUUUAUCACCAUCACCAAUGAUCAUGAUCAGUACUUCACACCCAUAAAAUCUGUUACGGCUCCAUCGCUUGAUCUUAAUCACCCUGCACAAUACCCAUUUGCUACAAUGUCGAAAAGAAAGACGAAGGUACAUGAAUGCUCGAUAUGUCACCGCGUUUUCUCAUCAGGACAGGCCUUGGGUGGACAUAAGAGGUGUCACUGGCAUUCCUCGACUGUGCCAGAGAGUAGUUUUAAUGGAAUCUUUCAAUAUGAAAGACAGCAACCUUGGAAGAAGCCAAUGUUCAGAAAGUCCCAACCCCUUGAUCUGAAUCUCCCUCCGCUGCUUGAUGACACAGAUGAAGCUGAUCGAAAUGGAGACAAUAGAACAAAAUCUGAAGCUAGAACAAGGAUUUUUCUGCAACCACUGGUAAACAAAGAAGUUGAUGACAACCAAAAGAUUCAAAACUACAAACUUCAGAAGAUAGAAAACAUGCAUGGUUCAUUGCAUUAUUUGAAUGGGGGAGAACAUGGUGAAAUCAAUCUGGGUAAACUGAGUGAUCUGAGAGACAUGAAUGUGGAUGGAAGUUCUUCUUCUCCAUGGUUGCAGGUGGGAAUUGCUUCAACCACUGAUCAAGGACUACCCCAUGAGGUGGCAACUACUGUAAACUUCUUUUAG